AUGCGAGGCUAUGGGACUGGUCCAAGGAGCUGCGGAUACACCGCAGCUCUGGCGCUGCGGCUGCUGGCUGUUGCAGCAGCAGCAGCAGCAGCAACAGCAGCAGCAGCAGCAGCAGGCCGCGACUUCCUGGGCACAGCAGGCGGCGCUGCUGCAGUGCAGCAAGAGCGCACAGUGGUGGUGACUGGCAGCAGCGUGCCCUCCCUGUACAUGAGGGGCGACGCUGCUGCUGCUGCUGCUGCUGCUGCUGCAGCAGGGGCCCCCGUGUCCCUCGAGGGGCCCCUCCUGGGGCAGCCCGAAGCAGACCUCCAAGGUGCAGCAGCAGCAGCAGCAGCAGAUCCUGUUGCUGCAGCAAUUGCUUCUGCCCGCAGCCGCACUGCAAUGCGGAACUACUUCAUGCAGACAGCAAUGCUGCUGCUGGGGCUUUAUUUGCUGCUGCGGCUGAACUCGGCGAAGAAGAGGGGGCAGGGGGAGGAAGCAGCAGAAGCUGCAGCAGCAGCAAAGGACAAAGCAGCAGCAGCAGCAGCAGCAGCAGAGAAAAAGAACCAGCAGCGCAAGGGCCGCCCCGACCCGGAGAAGGUGCGCCGCAGGCUGCUGGAAAUGGACAGGAAGGAGCAGCAGCAGGCAGCAGCAAAGAGGCCAGCAGCAGAGCAGCAGCAGCAGCAGCAGCAGCAGCAGCAGCAGCAGCAAAAGAAGUCCUCGGGGUGGUUCCCGUGGCCCUCGAGCAGCAGCUCGAGCGCAGCAGCAGCAGCAGCAGCAGCAGCAGCAGCAGCAGCAGCAGCAGCGGCGGCGGGGGGGGGCUGCUGCAGCAGGUGGGCGCUGCUGCAGCAGCGGCGCUUGCUGCUGCGGGCGAAGCAGCAGCAGCAGAAGAAAGUUUUGAGUGCCAACAAAACAACAAAUGUGAAAAUAGAAGGAGUUUAUAAAAACAAAAGUUUGGAAAAACUGCUGACUCGCGAGGCCCUCGAGCAGCAGCUCGAGCGCAGCAGCAGCAGCAGCAGCAGCAGCAGCAGCAGCAGCAGCAGCAGCGGCGGCGGGGGGGGGCUGCUGCAGCAGGUGGGCGCUGCUGCAGCAGCGGCGCUUGCUGCUGCGGGCGAAGCAGCAGCAGCAGCAGCAGCAGUGGAGCUGCUGGGGGGCGGCUGGCGAGUGCCGCGAGUGCUGCAGCAAAUCAAAAAAAUAAAAGGAGACAGCAGCACGAAGACACAUUUAAAUGGAGACGAAGCAAUGGCAACAGGAGCAGCAUUUGCUGCUGCCAACUCCACUGUGGCUUUCCGCGUCAAGAAGCUGCUGCUGCUCGACGGCUCGCCCCACACCUACUCCCUCCGCUUCCUCCCGCUGCAGCAGCAGCAGCAGCAGCAGCAGCAGCAGCAGCAGCAGCAGCAGCAGCAGCAGCAGGAGCAGCAGCAGCAGGGGGAGGAGGAGGUUGCGAGGGCAGAGCUGAUCUUCUCAAUUGACACUGCGGGGGUAAUUGAGCUGAAAGAUGCAAACUUGGUUGUGGAGAGGAGUACGUACACCGCAGAGGACCCGAAGGAGCCUGCUGCUGCUGCUGCUGCUGCUGCUGCAGCAACUGCAGAUGCAGCAGCAGACCCAGCAGCGGCAGCGGGAGACGCCGCGCCUGCAGCAGCAGCAGCAGCAGCAGACGGCGAGGGGGAGAAGAAGUGCGACGACCCCGCAGACCCCGCCUGUGCGGCUGCCAGCAGCGACAGCAGCAGCAGCAGCAGCAGCAACAGCAGCAGCAGCAGCAGCAGCAGCAGCAGCAGCAAGGGGAAGCGGGUGAAGGUGGCGUCUCGGCACCCGCUGAGCGUGAGCAGCAGGCACGCAGCGCCAGUGCCGCUGUCUGCUGCGGAGAAGCAGCAGCUGCAGCAGCUGCUGCUGCAGCAAGAAGCAGCAAACCGCGAGGCGCUGCUGCUGCAGGAAGCCCUCAAUGCUCUCGAAACUUAUAUUUAUGCAGCAAGAGCGCAGCUGCGGGAAGGGAAGCUGGAUGAAGUAACGGAGCAGCAGUUUAGAGAGCAGCAGCUGCAGCAGCUGCAGCAGCAGGAAGACUGGGUGUACGGGGAAGCAGCAGCAGCAGGCCUUGCUGCAGUGCAGCAGCAGCUGCAGCAGCUCAAAGACACCAUGGAACCCGUCUUCCUGCGGCAGCGAGAAGCAGCAGCAAGAGUCUCCUUAGUCCCCAAAGUGGACCAGCUGCUGCGAGAUGCUGCAGCAAGACUGGAGCAGCAAGCAGCAGCAAGGCCGUGGGUGGCAGCAGCACGGGUUUCGGGUGUACGUACAGCGCGCGAAGAGCUGCUGCAGUGGUGGCAGCAAGUCAAGCAGCAGCAGCAAACCCGCUCGCUGCUGCUGCCGCCGCUCUUCACGGAAGCAGAAGUAAAAGCAAAAGUCAAAACUCUUCUCAACCAAAUCAAAGCUCUCGAAAGCAUUCCCAAACCUGCCAGCAAGAACAAGAAGGAAGCAGCAGCAGACAAGCAAGCAGCAGCAGACAAGGAAGCAGCAGCAGACAAGGAAGCAGCAGCAGACAAGGAAGCAGCAGCAGACAAGGAAGCAGCAGCAGCAGACACGGAAGCUGCAGCAGACACGGAAGCUGCAGCAGAGAAGGAAGCUGCAGCAGAGCAGGGAGCAGCGGAGGAGGAGGCAGCAGCAGAUAAGGAAGCAGCAGCAGAUAAGGAAGCAGCAGCAGAUAAGGAAGCAGCAGCAGACACGGAAGCAGCAGCAGAAGCAGAAGCAGCAGAAACGGAGACAAAGGAGGAAGCAGCAGCUGAGGAAGAGACACGAAAGGAAGCAAAAGACGAACUCUAA